AUGAGGAAAGGAAAGUGGCCUUCACGGCCUGCGAAGCGAGAAUGGCUACCGACGAGCAGCGAUUCGUCGGAUAAUUGCGUUUCCAUCGUGGAUCGCGGCGGUCAGGGCAAAAACCCGGUUGGAACGCUCGAAACCAGUCGCUGGGGAAGAAACGUUUUCGCCGGCUUGGCAAUUAAACUUCCGGUGAAUCUCGGCGUCGUUCGACGCGUUAUUAAACGUUUUCUCGCGCUGGAAGCCACCAUGAUUACGUUGUACCGGCCACUUUCGGGAACUACUCGUCUGCCGCAAGAACGCCGGCUGAGAAACAAUUGGAUCAGCGAUUUCUACACUGAUACUUCAUCCGCGCUCGUUCAGCAGGCGUGGUUUCCGGUCGUCGGUCUGCUGCUGGCAGCAGCGACCGGCCAGGAAGCUGGGACACGAGAUGAGACUCGACCGCAAGCGUCGACGGUCAAGCAGGAGCUGGCCAACUCCAUCAGACUGCCACGACAGUUGCAGACGCCGCAGUCGUUCGCGUCUCAGAAUCUGCCGAGUAUUAUCGCGCCGCCCGAAAAAAAUCCGAAGAAACGUCAGUUGUCCGAUCUCGGGUUGAACUUCCCUCAGCCGUUGUCACCGCUGAAUGGCCCAACUCCACUUCCACUUGUCAGCGCAACCUUUGGCGCGGCUCUUAGUCCGCGAAUCACAUCACAACCGAAGCAAAUCAUCACGCGGAUAACCGAAACUGGAUCACCGUCAGGUGAUCACGUCACCAUUGUGACCCCGCCGAUCAUUGAGUCACAGCGCAGGAUCCACGAAUUCGACACGUCAUUCUACAGGUCUCCUUCCUUCCACCACAAGCACGGACAUCAUCAUGGGCAUCAUCACGGCCAUCACCACGAUCAUCAUUCGCAUCAUGAUCAUCACGCGAAGCAUAAGCAUCACCACGGACACAAGCAUCAUCAUGGUCACGAACACAAGCACGGCCACGAUCAUCAUGAGGAGCAUAAACAUCACGAAGACCACAAGCAUCACCAUGGCCAUCAUCAUCAACAUGGACACCAUCACGAUCAUGGCCAUAAGCAUCAUUCGGAACACAAGCAUCAUCAUGGCCACGAGCACAAGCAUGGUCACAGUCACAAGCACGGCCAUAAGCACGGCCAUGAGCAUAAGCAUCACGGAGAGCACAAGCAUCAUCACGGACAUCAUCAUCACUCGAAGCAUGAGCAUCACGAAGAACACAAGCAUCAAUCUGAGCAUCAUCAUCAUCACAAGCAUCACCACCACAAUGAGCAUCAUCAUCAUCACGAUCAUCAUCACGUUAAUGAGCAUCAUCAUCAUCAUACUCAUAAGGAAACCGAAAAGCAUCAUCAUCAUCACGGACACGAUCACAAGGAGCAUCACAAGCACGGACAUAAGGAGGAGCACAAGCAUCAUCACGGACACGAGCACAAGCACGGCCACCACGAGAAGCAUCAUCAUGGACAUCACGAGGAUCAUCACCAUAAGCACGGACACGAUCACAAGCAUGGUCACCAUGAGGAUCACAAGCACCAUCAUCACGAAGAUCAUCACCACAAGCACGGUCAUGAGCACAAGCAUGGCCAUCAUGAAGAGCAUCAUCACGGCCACCAUGAAGACCACAAGCACGAUCACCAUGAAGAUCAUCAUCACAAGCACGGUCAUCAUCACAAGCACGGUCACAAGGAGGAUCAUCACCACGGUCAUCACGAGGAUCACCAUCACUCCCAUCACCAAGACCACAAGCAUCACCAUCACGAGUCGCAUAAGCAUGGUCACGAGCACAAGGAGGACCACAAGCACGGUCACGAUCACAAGCAUCAUCAUGAUCAUCAUGAACAUCAUCAACAUCACGAGCAUCACAAGCAUCACGAAGGCCAUGAUCACAAGCAUGGCCACAAGCAUCACGAGGGACACAAGCACCACGAAGAUCAUCAUCACAAGCAUGGUCACGAUCACCAUCACAAGCACCAUGAGGACCAUCACCACGACGUGUUUGAGAACCACGGUCACGAGCACUACAAGAGUCAUCAUUUCGGCGAUCACUUCGGAUCCUCGCCGGUUCAUGAAGAAUACGUGUUUCCGGAAGAGAGUGCGGCGGUGCCCGUGACACCGCCAGUGGAAGACGUGCUGAAGAUCGCAAAACCGGCGGAAGUGACGGAGUCUGUCGAGCGCGUGGGGGUCGUGCAAGUCUAGUGAAGGGAUUACCACGACGCAGAACAUGACAGGGUUGCUUAAAAGCAGAGCGUUUAAACUAAGUUACUCGUAAACGCGAUGCAUGUGUGCGCGUCUGUAAAAAUUGGAAACAGAUAUUUAUUGGAGCAUAGAAUAAAAGUAUAAUAUUAUUAUCUUAUUAUAGAUAUUGUUUUUAUACUCUAUACAUAUGUGCUUUUAGCGCUGUUAGAAUCAACUUUCCGAUCGAAAAUAUUUUGUAACGCAUUAUAUUAACUCGUAUACAAAUUUUAAUCGAGUCCUUGAUUACCGUAGAAUAAUUGAAAAAGAUUAUGUUAAUCUUUUUCGAUCUCUCUGAUGUCUUUCCUUUAUAAGUAUUAUUUUUUCCUUUAUAAGUUUUACAAAGAUAUUUUACUUCGUGCUUUAUAUAUUUUCUGUUAGUAUAUUGUAAUUGAGUUAAUAUUCCAACUUGAUAUACAAGCUUCGUUAAGUAUAAAAUAAAUCUGAACAAAGUAAUUAGAGAGAGCGGUUCGAAAAUAAGAAGUUAAUUUAGUUAUACAAUAAAUUAAAACUUCUGAUUAACGCGUGCUAGGUUCUUUUAAUUUAUUUCACGGUUAAAUACAACUCACUCAUUUCCAAACUAAACAGACGCAUUGCAUUAAUUUUCUACUUAUGCUAUUCUACUUAAAUUUAACAUCAUACGAAAUGAGCGCAUGGUACUGUUUUCAGGCUAAACAAUACGUAUAAUCGACGAACGCUACGUUUUAGAUUACACUCUGCAUUCUUCAACCCUGUCAUAAGAAACCACCCAACUGAAUACCGUUCUACAUUACCCGCUUUGUUUUUUCUCGGCGAUAGGGUCGUUCGGGAAAACGAUUACGGCUCGAUCGUGGUACAGGCUCGUAGGUACAUCGUUAAGCGUUGUUUCUCGUUAGUCAGACAUUACUCGAGCGUUGUUGACACCUUUGAAAUAUAAAGUUUUCACCACUUUACGAUCCUUUCAUUUUUUUCCACCACCCUGGCCCCUUAGCAUAAAGCCGACGUAAACGACGUCCCGUUUUUUUCACGGAACAGGGACAAUAUUUAAGGUUUAUGGCAAAGAGCGUACUUUUAUGUUGUUGCAAGAAAUUUUAUCUGCGAGAAUGCAGGUAAACGACGGAGAGUGGAAAAGUAGAUUAAAGCGGAAAUGUGUUAAUUGCGUCGAAAUGGUAUUAACGUGUUAAAAUUGAGGAAGUUUAAUCGUAUUCCAGCAGGAAAGCUCUAGGCAAAUGUAUAAUUGCGAAUUGGUAGACGAUCCGAAAGUUAACUUCCGACUGUAAUGUAAUUUCUUGGUAGGCGGCGAGGGUUGUAGUCGUAAUUCUCUGACUUAAGAAUAAUUUACAGACGAUACUAAUUUUCCCGGGGCAGGCUGCGAUUCGCGGAAGUAAUUUCUUAGCAAGAUAGCAAGGGUUAACACGUGUGUUACGCUGCGAGAAUCCCCGAAUGGAUUCGAUACGCCGGAAGGGAUGUAUCUAUCUUCCGUGCUGGAUAAUGGAUCGAUUAUUCAGCGGGAACAGUUUUAGCUUUGGGUAUGAGCACGCGUAAUCCGCUAAUACCGUCAAGGAUCUAUCUCGGCGGUAUAAUUCGUUCGACGGCAACUUAUCACGCCGGCCGUUAUAAUCCCGGCUUUCAAAUCAUUAUAUUGCUUGGAAUCUUUCAGCAGUUCAGAAUCUCUCAGUUCAAUGGAAGAGACGGGCAAACAAAAUAGAUCGAACGGUGGCAAUUCUGAGUGAACGCUAUUCCC